CAGCAGGGUGUCUUGAGGCUGUACAAUUCACUAACAAAACAAAAGGAGGUGUUCAUGACCGUGGAUCCUGCCGGAAAGCGUGUCACAUGGUACACCUGUGGGCCCACUGUAUACGAUGCAGCCCACCUGGGGCACGCUCGUUACUAUGUGACGAUGGACAUCCUGAGGAGGGUGAUCGAGGAUUAUUUUGGAUACGACGUGGAUCUGGUUAUGAACGUGACUGAUGUCGACGACAAGAUCAUACGCAGAGCCCGUCUCAACCACCUCUUGGAGAAGUACCUGGCUCAGACACCUGACACAGCCAAGGUCCUGCAAGAUGCAGAAGCAGCGCUGUCCAAACUGGAAGCAAAGCAGAGAGCAGCGGUGAGCAGAGUGGAGGCGGAGCAGCAGAAGGAGGGGCUGAACGUCCAAGCCAGGUGCGCCAAUAAGCUGCGCACUCUGUCACAUGUCACAUGCGAACUGGCAUGCCCAGAUAUUAGGACUUCACUGUCACAGGCACCGAGAACGGGAACGUGGAGUCCAGCAGUUCAAGCCAUAGGGACCAGAUUGAACCAUGCAGCGCGCUAUGAAGCAGACUUUCUGGAGGACUUGCACCUGCUCAACUGCAGACCGCCAGAUGUGCUGACGCGAGUGAGCGAGUACAUGGAUGAGAUCAGGGCCUAUGUGCAGCAGAUCCAUGACAAUGGCAUGGCCUAUAGCGUCAAUGGCAGCGUCUACUUUGACACCCAGGCCUACAGGUCAGCGGCGGCCGACGGUGAGGCAAAUUUUGCCAGCAGCGACAAAAGGAACAAGAGCGACUUUGCGUUGUGGAAGCAGGCCAAGGCCGGGGAGCCUGCCUGGGAGUCGCCUGACUGCGCGCGGGAUGAGCAGGGUAACCUUGGCAAGGGCAGGCCAGGCUGGCACAUUGAGUGCUCGGCAAUGGCCAGCAGCAUCUUUGGGCCAAGCAUUGAUCUCCACACAGGGGGAGCUGACCUGGCCUUCCCCCACCAUGAGAAUGAGCUGGCACAAGCUGAGGCCUUCUAUCACGAGGAAUAUGCGAAGUGCAAUUGCGAGCCGCAGUGGGUCAACUACUUCCUCCAUGCAGGGCACUUGAACAUUGACAACCUGAAGAUGAGCAAGUCCUUGAAGAAUUUCAUCAGCAUCAGGAAAGCUCUUGAGGACUUCAGCCCUCGCGUUCUGAGGAUCAUGUUUACCUUGGCGCCCUGGGACAAGAGCAUGACCUACAAGGAGGAAAAGAGUGCACUGGAGGCGCGGCAGAAGGAGAAGACCUUUGUGAACUUCUUCCUGGAAGUGGAGGCCGUGCUGCACAAGUUUGGGCGCGAGGGCUUGGAGGGCAGACUGCCCUCCAGAUGGGAGGCUGAGGAGAAGGAGCUGAGUAGGGCCCUCGUGGGCACCAGAGAAAAGGUGCAUGCAGCGCUGCAGGACAGCAUCGAUGUUUGCACAGCCAUGAGCGCCCUGCUGGACCUGGUCAGCACCACCAAUGUCUACAUCAAGGCCCGGGAGCAGCAGUAUGCUGCCACUCCCAAGGGGCCGCCGCCUCAGGCUCAGCUGGUGCACAAGGUGGCCGCCUACAUCACAGAGAUCCUGCGCGUGUUUGGCAUCGCCGAAGAGGAUCAGAUUGGGCUGGGCCGGGAGCGUGGCGCGGCGGCGGCGGCCGUCGCGGGCGAGGGCGCAGAGCCGCUCCUUGGCGUCAUCGCAGAUUUCCGC